ACUCACGCUGUCUCCGGCGAUUAACGCAAGGGAAGUGAUGGAGUGUUUUGAGCUUCGCAUUCGCUUUUAUUUUAUUACAGUCAUCCCAUUCAAUCGCCACUGGAGACAACACAACCCCUCGCCCACGCUUCCCCUUCGAGAAUGCCCGCCCUUGUGCAGAACCCCUUCAAGAGCCGCCCGGUAGCCAGCCAGCCCGGUCCCCGCGGCGCGCUACCUUGUGACGUCACCGAGGGAAGAGGCGGAUUCUCCUACCACCGGAAGACGUCUGAUUUUUUGAUUGGCUAGUCAGGACGUCCGUUAGGACGUGUUGCGCUUUUGGUGUGCACUGCAAGCGUGGGCGGCCCUGUGGGGGUGUGUGGCCGCGGUUUCCAGACCCGGGACCAACACUCCAGCCCCUUCCAUCAGGGGUUCGGCUUAGGGUCGCCCCUGGAGGGCGGCUCUCGAAUCUUGAAGAACAGCACGCGAACCCGGACCCUCCCGGGGCUGCGGAGGUCGGCAGGAAGAUGGCGGCAGCGUCGGUCUCUGAGACUUCGGCUUCUCAGUUCUCGAACAUCUUAGCAGAACCAUCAAAGUCUAAUGGAAGUAUGGUUCACGAUUCCUCAUCUCCAUAUGUAAUAUAUCCACCUGAUAAGCCUUUCCUUAAUAGUGAUCUGCGACGUUCCCCAAAUAAGCCUACAUUUGCCUAUCCAGAAAGCAACAGCAGAGCUAUAUUUUCUGCUCUGAAGAAUCUUCAAGAUAAAAUUCGACGUUUAGAACUUGAAAGGAUUCAGGCAGAAGAAAGUGUGAAAACCUUGUCUAAAGAAACAAUUGAAUAUAAGAAAGUACUGGAUGAACAGAUACAAGAAAGGGAGAAUUCAAAGAAUGAGGAAUCAAAGCACAAUCAAGAGCUGACAUCUCAGCUGUUAGCUGCAGAAAAUAAAUGUAAUCUUUUAGAAAAACAAUUGGCAUACAUGCGUAACAUGAUAAAGCAUGCAGAAAUGGAGAGGACAUCUGUAUUAGAGAAACAGGUUUCCCUAGAAAGAGAACGACAACAUGAUCAGACGCAUGUUCAAAACCAACUUGAAAAAUUGGAUCUUCUUGAACAGGAGUAUAACAAGCUUACCACAAUGCAGGCCCUUGCAGAAAAAAAAAUGCAAGAGUUAGAAGCAAAACUGCAUCAAGAAGAACAGGAAAGGAAACGUAUGCAAGCUAAGGCAGCCCAGUUGCAGACUGGUCUAGAAACAAAUAGACUUAUCUUUGAAGAUAAGGCAACUUCAUGUGUUCCCAAUGCAAAAAGAAUUAAAAAAAAGAAGUCAAAACCACCAGAAAAGAAAGGUUCUAGGAACUAUUUUGCUGCACAACCACAUUAUAGAUUAUGCUUGGGUGAUAUGCCAUUUGUAGCUGGAAAGUCCACCAGCCCCAGCCAUGCCGUGGUAGCCAAUGUUCAGCAUGUCUUACAUCUAAUGAAGCAACACAGUAAAGUCUUGUGCAAUGAUCGAGUAGUCAGCAGUGUUCCUUUGGCAAAGCAAGUGUCUUCACGAAGUGGGAAAAGCAAGAAGUCAGCAGCGCCUUCCCCCUCUAGCAGCAUUAAUGAAGAGCUGGCAGAAGUCUUAGAGACUUUACAAGAUGAAUUUGGGCAGAUGAGCUUUGAUCACCAGCAGCUUGCGAAACUUAUCCAAGAAUCACCAACCACUGAACUGAAAGACAACCUAGAGUGCGAACUGGAGGCGUUAGUGGGCAGGAUGGAGGCAAAGGCCAAUCAAAUAACUAAAGUUCGAAAAUAUCAAGCCCAGCUGGAGAAACAGAAGUUGGAGAAGCAGAAGAGGGAAUUAAGAACCACCAAAAAGACUCUUGAUGAAGAAGGAAACAGCAGCGGCCGUUCUUCUGCAACCACAGGGACCACAAAUAAGAAGGACUCUGCCAAACCGAGACCUGGAGAAAAAAGCAGGAAAAAUCUUCAGUUGUUGAAGGACAUGCAAACCAUACAGAAUUCAUUACAGAGCAAUAGUCUGUGUUGGGAUUACUGACUGGUACCAGGCCAUAAAUGUUAUUCACAUAAUCCGUACCUCAUCAGUCAGAUGUUGACAGUUUACUUUCCAGGUCUCAUACUCUUACGUUGGAAUUAAUUAAUAGCAGGUAUUAAGGGGCCCAAGCUUCAUUACACAGGCUUCUUGUGUUACGUAUCACAACUAAAUGUUAAACAAUCUAAAUGGAAACCAGGGGAGUUUUAAAGGCCAAGAAGCCACACGUACUCUGUUUCUUUCUUUGAGAUGAAUUUGCUGUACUGAGAUAUUGCACUUUGUAAACAGAUUACCAAUUUUUUACUUGUGGGUGUGAUUUUUUUAAAUAGUUCUAUAUAUCUAAGUAAAAUGAGGUUUAAGUUAUCAAAGUAUGAGGCUGUCCCAUAGGCAGUGUUUGAAAAGUCUCAUUUUUAAAUCUUCCCCUGGCGUGAAUCGCCCACUUCUCCUUUUCAAUGCAACCAUUAAAUGUACUUUGUUUCAACUAUUGAUGGAGGUUUUCUAUAUUUAAAUAUUUAUACAUAUUUAAGAGGAUUGUUUUCUUUUGCUCUUUGACACUUCAAACAUUGAUCAAUGUUAAAUACACCUUUAUCGAUGUUAAUCCACCAUUAAAAUUAUUUUGAAGACCGAA